GUUGUUUUUUCACGCUUUAGAAGGGAAAUACAUUUUUUAGUCGUAUUCUUUAUUUCCAAAACGAGUGAUUCAGGUUACGGCUAGACACGGCGAAGGCUAUUGCAAUGGCCUCUACGUCUGCACUCCAGAAAGCAAUUGACUUAGUCACAAAGGCUACAGAAGAAGACAAAAGCAAGAACUAUGCAGAGGCGCUACGACUAUAUGAAUCCGCUGUUGAGUAUUUCCUUCAUGCUAUGAAGUAUGAAGUUCCUAAUGAGCGAGCAAGAGACAGCAUUCGAGGCAAGUGUAAACAGUAUCUGGACCGAGCAGAGAAACUCAAAGAUUAUAUUGGCAAAAAUAAGGAUAAAAAAAAACCUGUGAAGACUGGAGAAGGAAAUUCAGGGAAAAGGAGCAGCAAAGAUUCAGACUCGGAUGAAGAUUCAGACCCAGCAAGAAAAAAAAUGGAGACCAAGCUGGAAGGGGCAAUUGUGGCCGAGAAACCCAAUGUCAGCUGGAAUGAUGUGGCUGGGCUUGAGGGAGCCAAGGCAGCCCUCAAAGAAGCUGUCAUUCUACCCAUCAAAUUUCCCCAAAUGUUCACUGGCAAAAGAACUGCAUGGAGGGGAAUUUUGCUCUUUGGGCCCCCAGGAACUGGUAAAACUUACUUAGCAAAAGCUGUUGCCACUGAAGCAAACAAUUCCACAUUCUUCAGCGUAUCAUCUGCAGAUCUGGUGUCAAAAUGGCUUGGUGAAUCAGAACAGCAUGUCAAAACAUUAUUUGAGAUGGCUCGGGAACACAGGCCUUCAAUUAUCUUCAUUGAUGAGGUUGAUUCACUUUGUGCUUCAAGAUCAGAACAGGAAUCAGAGUCAGCCCGGAGAAUUAAGACAGAAUUUCUCGUUCAAAUGCAAGGUGUGGGCAACCAAAAUGAUGGUGUAUUAGUUCUGGGGGCCACAAACAUCCCAUGGGUCUUAGAUUCAGCUAUCAGGAGAAGGUUUGAAAAGAGAAUUUACAUUCCACUACCAGAAGAAAAUGCUCGCACCAGCAUGUUUAAGCUGAAUUUAGGUGACACGCCACACGAUCUAACGGAAAGUGAUUUCCGUGUGCUUGGGUCUAAAACUGAAGGGUACUCUGGGGCAGAUAUCAGUGUUGUGGUGCGGGAUGCUCUGAUGCAGCCUGUUCGAAAGGUUCAAACUGCCACGCAUUUCAAGUACCAACGUGGCCGUUCACGUGACGAUCCAAAUGUCUUCAUAGAUGACUUGCUUUGUCCAUGUUCUCCUGGCGAGCCAGGAGCUAUUGAAAUGACAUGGGAGCAGGUACCUGGUGACAAGCUAUUGGAACCAAUUGUCUCAAUGAGAGAUAUGAUGCGCUCUCUGGCGGACUCAAAGCCAUCAGUUAAUAACGAGGACUUGGAAAAACUACGUAAAUUUACCGAAGAUUUUGGCCAAGAGGGGUAAAAAUGUUCACUGGAAAAUUUCCUUUUAUCUAUAUUUUGCAUACUGUAUAAACAUAGUCCAUUGUUAUUAUGUAAAGAGAAAACUAUGUAUUCAAAAAAUAUUCUAGCAGAUUGGAAAGAGUCAGCUGUGUAUUACUUCGUAAGCUGCAUCAUAAGUAUUGUAUUUAUUUUAAUUAGUUACAUUUAAUGAUUUAAAUAUCAUUAAUAAAAGCAUACAGUGAAAGGAUCUAUUGUUAUUUAAGAGCCAGCCAUGAAUAAUGAUACUAUUUUAAAAGAGUUACUAAACCAGUGAACGUCCUAUAGACUGUUAGGUGUGUUUAGUACAGGAGUGUUAUGAAAGGUGGUCCUUGUUUAGAGAAAGCUGUGCUUGAUGUAAGGAUGUUUACUGGUUCUUUUGUACCUUUAAAUUUCUCUUAAAUCGUAAAAUUCAAUAAAAGGAUCAUGUAAAAAUAAUUUCAUUAUUCUUUCUCAUACUGUGUGUCUUUUAAAUCAGAAUUUUAUUUUCUGCAUUCCUUAGCAGUUCAUUGGAAUUUAGGUUUUGCAAUAAUGUUUAAAUUAUUCAUCUUUAUUGGUUGAAUGCGAGUAUGUACAAGCAAUAUCUAUGUGACUAAUAAAUAACUUGAAGAAUGUGUAUAAGGCCACUGUUCAUUUAGAGCACCUUCACUUUUAAAGCAUUUAUUAUUUUCUGUGCUUAUUGUGUGUUUUGUAUAUAAUAAAAAUUAGGUUUGAGCUGCAGCACACAGCAGAUCUGUUAUUGGCUUACCUUGCUUUAAUAAAGUUUAGCGUGUUAAAAUUUCUUUGUUUGCAGUGAAGAUAAAACUGUAUAAUAUUAUUUACAGUGAAUAUAUAUAAAUUGUGCCUCAUACCAUCAUAGGAACUAUAUAGAAUAAUUAAUUUAAUUGCAUGUUAUGUGUGAAUGGAGAGACGAUGUUGACUGCUUUUGGUGUUGUGCCCAGUUUCUGCUGUUUAUUGGAACCAAAAAGUGAUACACUGGAUACAGGUGGGUAAAAAGACACUUGCAUAUUUCCUUAAUCUGGUUCAGUAUAUUGUUUUUCCAAGUACAUUAUGGUAUAUUAACUUUUUCUCCUUAACAUUUAGGUUCUUGUAGUUCAUACUUGACAGUCUUCAGUAGUAAUAUUAUGUAAUUCUUGCUCUUUGUUUUGUAAAGCUCUUGUCUUGUCUUCUUUUGGUGAGCAAGUAGAUGUGGCUUGAGUGGUCUCUCUGUUUAGAUCUAAGUGUAGUAUAUAUAAUAAAUAAACAUAAACAUAUAACCUCCAUCAUCUAGUGCUUCAGUCAUUCCUCUUACUCGAGGUGUUUCUCACUUAUCACAGGUUCUGUACUGUGUGUAUAUACUGCAGGCCAUCUUUGACACUUCUCAGUUUAAAGAUCUAUUUCUCAUAAAGAUUGAGGGAUCAAAAUGUGAGUCUCCACUAGCCUAGCCCCAUUUCCUCAGCUAGCAUUCCAAUCAUUUGUUACUAAAUAAGCCCAGUUUCUGUAGCUUGUAUUGCAAGCAGUUGUCACUAAAUAAUCCAUUUCCAUAGCUUAUAUUGCAAACAAUUGUCACCAGAUGAGCCUCAUUUCCUUAGCUUGUAUUGCAAGCAACUGCCACCAGACAUGCCAUUUCUAAGGCUUGUAUGUAGAGAAAAUGACAUCCUAAAAAUAUAUGAAGCAUUUUUGUUUAAACUAUUUUUUCCCAAAGUAGAAGUAAUUACUGUAUUGUAUUUCACUGUAACACUAUGAUGGUGUGGUUAUAACAUACUUUAUAAGUCAAAUUAAUAUAUGGCAAUAAUUUAGUUAAAUGUAAAUAUGAGGCUAAAUUUUAUAGCAAACUUUAAGGCAUUCUGGACUGUUGUAGAGUAUUUAAGAAGAAAUGGGUAAUAAGCAAAGUUUAUCCAAAACAUUGCAAAAAUACUCUAUCACAUUAUCUUUGUUUAUAUACACACACUUGGCUCCUUUUGAUAUUUGUCUCAUAAAUGAUUUUGAAGUAUAGAGUACAGUAUAUGAAUACUGUAUUGUGGUUGGUAUAGGAAAGCUUGAUUAGUCGACAGACACGUCUUUUUUUUGUUUUGGGGGCUAAUGCACCCUAUCUAUUAGGAACCAUUAGGUUUGGCAGAGUGCAGGCAGCUGACUUCAUCAUUUCUUCCCAUUUUUUCUUCUUUAAUAUUGUUUUGCUAAUUUUUACAAAGUAACACUUGCAACUGAUGCCCUCAGGAUAGUGAAUUUUCAGUAACCACCAAGUAAUCAACCAAUUAUUAUUAUUAUUUUUUUUUUUUUAGUAUUUUCCUGCUCUUGUAACUUGUGGCAACUACUGUAUAUCUAGAGAGCAGAUAAUAACCAUUUUUUUAAUUACAUUUUCUUGAACUUAACCAGAGAAGUUUUUCAGUAUUUAUCAGUUGGUUUAUUUAAUUUGAGGGUCAUAACUUAGCCUUUAUAUAUAAUGUUUGAAUUUCUACUAAUGUUCCUGAUUUUCCACCACAUUAAAUUUCAUAAGAAUAUGUAAAAAAAAAAACUUUUAUUAACAAGAUAAAAGUGUAAUUUUUAUGAUGUAGAACAUCAGAGAAAGCUUUAAAGUUUUGUAUAUGGCUGGGCUUUUUUUUAGUAUAGUUGGUAUAGUAUCCUCAUUAAAUACGUUUGAGUUGUGGGUAUACUGUAGUUCAAUUUAGUGGCAAAGUUACAUCAUUUAUAGUAAUUGAAAGAAAGUUUUAGCACGUAAUGGUUUUUCAUUGUCGAGUUUAAAAUUAUCUUACACUAGUUACCAAUGGUGAUGUGUGAGCAAGUGGUAUGUGAGCUAUCUCCAGCUAUAGCAAUGAUCUACUAUUAUGAUUAGACAGUAAUGAGAUUAAAUACACUUUUGGUUGCCAUCUUGGGAGAUAUCUUACCAUAAAGCCACACAGCCAUUCAUGUUUUUUUCAACUCUGCUUUUCUAUGGAAUUACAAACCAAUUUCUUAAAAAUCUCUGAUCUAUAUACACAUACAUACACUACACAUGCACAGGCAUACUUGGGCAAGUUUAGUACACACACACACACAUGCAUAAAUACAUAGACAUACUAGUAUAAGUGAGUACACACAUGCCUUGCACACACACUCGCACAUAUGUGGUAUGAACUAUUGCCAAAGGUGGUGAAACACACACUAUUCACAGUUUGAAGAACAAGUAAGAGUACAGUACCAGUACUGGCACUUCACCAGAUAUAGGCACCAGGAAAAAUAGCUAUAAGGCGGGGACUUUACACCUUGUGCUUGUUCCCUUUAGAUACUGUACAACUAGGUACACCAUCCAAGUACAGUAUGCAUUUGCAUAUUUGUUUGUGUGUAUACUUAAAUGGUAUACUAAGAUACGUGUGUGUAUGCACAUGCGUACUUAACAUACAUUAUUUAGUAUUUCAUACUACGAUGAAAUUGAGGAAAUGUUAACCAAAAAUUUAUUGAUAUAAUGUCUUUUUACAAAAGUAAAAUACAAAAAUUAUUACCGUCCUCUGUGUAUUGUACAAGUUCAUUAGUCUGUUGAUAAUUGAUCCCAAUAUUGUUAAAAUACACAAAUUUUUUAAUUUAUUAUUUUUAAAGGUACAACAGAAGAAACUGGUGAACUGGUACAUGUCUUUCUUACAUUAUUAUAUUGAUUUUAUAUGUAUAGGCAUAGAAACUUAGAAAGCUUAAUUUUAUUCAUAUUUUGAUAUUAAUCAAAACAUGAGUUCAAAACAAAAUCAAAUCAUGUUAUUAAUGCAGUAUUUUCUCUGUUGUGUGGUACAGUAGUAUUAUACCAUGCCACAUGUAUUUAAUAGCCACAUAGGUGUUGCAGUAUGAUCGGUUUUUGUUCAUGAUUGUUGAGGUUUGUGCAUCGUCAAAUGCAAAUUAGUCGGGACUAAUAGUGUGUGUGGCAGGUUGAGGUGCCAGAUAUGAAGCUGAUUUUAUGUUGCAUAAUCAAAGAUUAUACCAUAAUCAGAUCCUUUAUUUAGACAUUUUUUUUUUUUUUAUUAAGGCUCCAUUCUGCUGCAAAUUGGCAAAGUUAACUGCAAAUCUUCAAAUGUUAAGGUUUAGUCAUUUACAGUUGGUAAGCUUAAAAUGAAUGAGAAUAUUGGUCAGUUUUGUGCACUCAAAUUUAUUACAAAAAUUGACAUCAAAUAAGUUAAUUAUAUAGAUAAAUGACAUUUAGCUCUUGCAUGACAGUGCUUAACCCCCGUGUGUGUGACACUUUAUUAAUCGCAAUUCAUUUUCAUUUCUAAUGAUGUCAUGGAGUGGAUUUUACACACAAGUGAUGAUAUUGCACUGCAUGUUGUACCAAGGCUUUUUCAUGGGUUGUGGUGAUAUUGUAUUUUUUUUUAAAUGCAAAACUAGAUUAAAGAGAAAGAUGUAGAGGUUGUCAGAUACAUGCCUGGUAUUGCAUAUUAUACAGCAUCACUAUAUAGUUUAUACAGUGAAUGCUGUUUAAACUAUACAGUUUAUAGUGUUAAGGAUUGACUCAAUAUUCUAAAUGGAUGCAGCUUCUUGGUCCAAUUCACUUAAAAGAUCUACUUACAUAUGAAGCAAUUAUAAUAAGUAUCAAUAUCAAGACAAAGUUUCCCAUGUUGCUGUGGUCGAAAAUAGUCAAAGAACAAUAGUAGAUUUAUAUGAUAUAAAUUUGUCUGUAUUCGAAUGUUAACAUUGUAAUUUGUAUGCUACCCACACACCCCAACUCUCCUAACCUUGGCCCAACUAUGCUUCAUGCAUUUUUCAUCCUCAUUAUCAUCACUGUUCAUGUUAAUAAUAAAUGAUUAUGUAAUAAAAUAUAUAUAUCUAUAUUUAUGUAUUAAGUUCCUGCUUUGGUAUUAAUGUGUGGAGUAUUUUCUUGAAGCAUAUCUCUGGGAUUUUAACUAUUCUAUGACCUCCAAACUAUCGUAUAAAUGAUUUGCAAUACAGGUACUGUACAUCAUUUGGUCGUAGAUCAGGUAGCAAUUUCUUUUUCAACAUUUGUAACCCUGACUAUUAUUUUAACGCUUAGACAGCGGCUGUAGAGAAAUGACCAUACCUAUUUUAUCUUCAAUCAUUUAACAUUGUUUUAUCACUUUUUUCUUUAUUUAAAUCCACAGAGCUUUUAUAUCCAUAUUUGAAUCAUACAUGAAAACCCAGACAAUAAUUGUUUAAAUUAUCAUAUGAUGACCACAUUUCCCUAGUAAUAUUCAUGACGAUAACCGCAUUUGUACCAUGAAAUAGUAGCAGGAUAUUUUCGUGGAUCAAGGUAAACUCCAUUACAUCCACCAUUGACCUAUUAUAUCCACAUUUGCAUUAUACAUGUAAAACCCAGACGAUAAUUUUGUUUAAAUCUUCAUGACUACAUUACCCUGCGAGUCAAUAGUUGACGGUAACCGCUGUCUAAGCGUUAAAUAGUUUAGUCUCGUGCUCAAGCAUGCCCAAAAUGAACAUAGUAUUUUUUUCAGACUAUAUGUCAUGGUGAUUUUUGUGUUCUCAUUAGCUGCUGCUUUUUGCACACUAGAUACUUUCUUCACACCAAGUGAUAUCUGGCCUGUAAAAAAAAUAAAAUAAAAGGGGGGGUUUAAGUAGCAUUUUCUUUAGGUGUCUUUAUUAUAAUUGUCAUAAAAAUUAACACAUGCUCUAAAAUACAAAAUUUGUUAUUACCGAGGGAAGAAGACUGCCAUUUUAAAAUCUGAAGAAUUCCAAGAACAAAUAUAUUUCCCAAACACC